GGACCCUCGCGAUCGCCCGAGACCGCGUCCGGCGACUGCUCUUCGGGCGCGGGGUGCUUCGCUCACUCCUCCCCGCCACGCCACCUCUCUCUCCCACCACCACGCCAUCCGCCAUGCCCCGCAACUACUACAUUGGAAUCGACGUUGGAACGGGCUCUGUCCGCGCCGGGCUCGUCCAAGACGACGGCACCCUCCUCGCGUCCUCCACCGAGUCCACCAUCACCUGGCGCGAUCCCAACGAUCAUCGUAUCUUCGAGCAAUCCACCAACAACAUCUGGGAUGGCAUGUGCAAGACCAUCCGUGCCGUCCUCGCAGAGGCUAAGGUCGCGCCAUCGGACGUCAAGGGUCUCGGCUUCGACGCAACGUGCUCGCUGGCUGUCUCGGACAUGAACGGCGAUCCUGUCGUCGUCACGAAGGGCGACAAGCUCGGAGAGAUCGGCGACAGGAACAUCAUCCUCUGGGCUGAUCACCGCGCCGAGGAAGAGGCGAACCUCAUCAACGGCACCGGAGCGACUGUGCUCGACUAUGUCGGCGGCGUCAUGAGUCUCGAAAUGGAGAUCCCGAAGACCCUCUGGCUCAAGAAGCACAUGGCUCCUGAGCGCUUUGCGCGCUGCCAGUUCUUCGACCUGCCCGACUUCCUCACCUACAAGGCGACAGGAGACAACACCCGCUCGUGCUGCUCUGUGACGUGCAAGUGCUCGUUCGUGCCGACGAAGAACGGCUGGCAGCCCGACUUCUUCGAAAAGAUUGGGCUCGGCGAGUUCGUUGGAAACAACUUCAAGCAGCUUGGUGCGCAUGAAUCAAACGUCCUCACGGCGGGUAUACCCAUAGGCCAGGGUCUGUCGAAGAAAGCCGCGGAGGAGCUCGGCCUGCUGGAGGGCACCCCUGUGGGAAGCGGUGUCAUUGAUGCCUAUGCGGGAUGGCUGGGUACUGUAGCCGGACGAUACGAGGAAGGCCGCAAGCUUUCGGCAGUGCCCUCUAUUGAUGAGUCGCGGCACCGUCUGGCGGCUUGUGCCGGUACCAGUACAUGUCACAUCGUACAGAGUAAAGAGGGUGUUUUCGUUCCCGGUGUAUGGGGCCCAUAUAAGAACGCGGUUAUGCCUGGAUGGUGGAUGAACGAAGGCGGCCAGUCCUCCACCGGUCAGCUCAUCGAUUUUAUGAUUCGGACCCACCCCGCAUACCCCAAACUGCAAGAGCUUGCAGAAGAGCAGAAGACAAGCAUUCAUGAAGUGCUCGCGAACCAGCUGAACGAGCUGUGCAAGGAGGAGGGCGUGGCGACGUGGACCGAGCUCACGAAGGACAUGCACUUCUACCCGGAUCUGCACGGCAACCGCUCGCCCAUCGCUGACCCGCGUAUGCGCGGCUCGAUCUCCGGUCUUGCACUCGACGACGGCCUGAGCGACCUCGCACGCAAGUUCAACCUCACGCUCGAGGCGAUCGCGCUGCAGACGCGGCACAUCGUCGACUCCAUGAACGCCGCGGGGCACGACAUCACCGCGAUCUACAUGAGCGGCGGGCAGGCGAAGAACGCGAUGCUGAUGCAGCUCUUCGCGAACACGUGCAACAUGCCCGUCGUGCUCCCCAAGAGCGGCGGCGACGCGGUCGUCCUCGGCUCCGCGAUGCUCGGCCGCUUUGCGAACAGCGUCGGCGAGCUGGGCAAGCUCAGCGCGGAGGACCAGGCGCAGGCGCUGUGGGACAUCAUGAUCGAGAUGACCCCGACGGCGACGAGCGUCCCGCCAAAGGCGAACGCGAAGGAGAAGAAGCUGCUCGAGGCGAAGUACAAGAUCUUCCGCGAGAGCAUCGACAUCCAGAAGCGCUGGCGCAAGGAGAUGGAGGAGGCGGCGCGGUGACGCGCCCCCGCGACCGGGACCCUGGUGAGCGGGAUGAAAGCAUAUCGAAAGGUGUAACUAUGAACAUGUAUUGCCGACACAUAAUCUGCCCGACGUUGAUUAAAUCUAGAUGGGCUUUGUCGAACAGUGCGCAUGCGCCGUAGCGCAGUGCGGCUUGCGGGCUUGGACUCGGAGCGUGGCUACAAUAGAGUGAUUAGUGCCGAUACCCUUCGGAUGGUACGGUUCCACUAUAAUGGGCGUGAUCUCAC